AUGUCGCCUCAAAUCCCGAGUGAUCCAUCUAUAAAAAAACUCGAAAAAGCAAUUUUAGCACUUAACAUGGAAGGAAUCCGAAGAAGAAAUCACAUGUGUCCCCUUGAUUCCGAAGUAUCAAAAUCGUUCAACGAAGGAACUUAUCAAUCUACUGUUAUUGUACUAGCUAUUCGAGCGGUAUUGAGAAAUCUUCCUUUUAGGACGUCUUCAUUUAUCAGUACCUCGGAAAGACAAAGCGUUGCUGGCGCUGAUAGGAAGGGGGAUGGACAAAUGGGGAGACGUCCAGAUAUCAUGCUAGCGGUGAGUUAUGGCGUGAAACUAACGAUAGACUAUAUUGGACGCGAAAAACUCUUAAUGGAUAAAGAUCAAUUCGGAAUAGUUGGGAUACAAAUAGCAGGUGAUACCUUACAUCUGAAUGUUCUUAUCAGGGAUAAAGUCAAUAUUCAUAAAUAUUAUCAUAUACAAUCGGCUAAAAUUCCUGUGCGAAUAUCAGAUGAGGAUGUAGUAACUAACUUUGUAGAAACUCUUUUGCUUUUACGUAAUAUAAUAAUUACUAAUUUAUCUUUACUAUAUCACGCACCUACUGCCACAUCGCAAAGGCAAAUGGAAGAUAGUACUAUUGUUUCCACUCCCCGAGAUGAUUACUAG